CGGACCUCAGGUUACUUUUGACAAGGUUUUAGUGCAACAGUGUCAUACUUUCCUGCAGGCUGCUUGUGUUUCAGUUGUAUAAGGUCAGACCUUAAUUUAACUACCAACUGUGUUGCUAAUUUUAGAAAUGCCACAUGACCUGUCCCUUACUAGGCCCAUGCCUGCAUGUCUGAAAUUCAGGACCCAAUAAAACAAUAGCAAGAUUUGGAAAAGGAAGUAGUUGAUUAACCCAUACCAGAGAAAUGGAAGACAGUGAAGAUUCUGAGGAAGACCACCUCACUGACUACGCCAUUCAGUUUAGCAUCCAAGAGUCUCUUGAAAAUCAAAGAUAUCAACAAACACCCUUGCCCAGUCAUGAAACAAGGUUUGUUCCAGUCAGCGAUCAAAACAGGAAACUUGUAACUGCCAUAAGAGAAGGUCAAGUGUAUGAUCUUCAAACAUAUGUGAAAUGCAAAUAUGCUUUGGAUGAAGCUGAUGAGAGAGGUUGGUUUCCUAUACAUGAAGCCGCUGCCCAGCCAAUUCAGCAAAUACUUGAAGUAAUAUUAGAUGCUUCUUAUAAAUCUAUGUGGGAAUAUAAAACGUGUGAUGGAGAGACACCCUUAACAUUAGCUGCCAAGUCUGGCCAUACGACCAAUGUCAAGACGUUAUUGGACAAGGGGAUCUGGCCCAAUACUACUAACAGAAAAGGAGAAACGCCUCUUCUGAUUGCAGUGAGACAAGGCUCUCAUGAAAUGGCUUCUGCUCUGAUCGAACACAACUGCACCAUCAACCAACCAUGUGUAAAACGUUGGUCAGCAAUCCAUGAAGCUGCAAAACAGGGUCGAAAUGAUAUUGUUGCUCUUCUUCUGAAGAAUGGUGCCAACGUUCACUUGAGAGAUGGAUACGGGGUAACUCCAUUAGGAGUGGCAGCUGAAUUCGGUCACUGUGAUGUGCUAGAGCAUUUAAUUCACAAAGGUGGUGAUGUGCAUGCUACAGCUGAUGAUGGAUCAUCAAUACUCUUCGAAGCAGCUGGAGGUGGAAAUCCAGACUGUAUCUCUUUGUUGUUGGAAUAUGGAGGAAGUGGCAAUAUGCCUAAUAAAGCAGGGCACCUUCCUAUACAUAGAGCAGCAUAUGAAGGGCAUUAUCUGGCCUUAAAAUACCUCAUUCCAGUUACCUCCAAAACUGCCAUCCAGAAAAGUGGGCAGAGUCCCAUGCACUCAGCUGCAGAAGGCCAAAACCCUCAGUGCCUAGAACUUUUAAUUGAAAAUGAUUUCAAUGUCAAUGCUGUGCUGGCAGAACACAUUUCAAAAAGUUAUGACGACGAAAGGAAAACAGCGCUUUAUUUUGCCGUUUCCAACAAUGACAUUCUCUCAAUCGAAAUACUUCUGCAGGCAGGUGCAGACCCAAACAAAGACCCUCUGAACUGCCUUCUGGUAGCAGUCAGAGCUGGGAACCAUGAAAUUGUGCGGUUGCUUCUCUCUUAUGGUGCAAAUGUCAACUGCUACUUCAACCUUGUGAAUGACACCCAUUUCCCCAGUGCCAUUCAAUAUGCCUUGAAUGACGAGGUAAUGCUAAGGAUGUUGCUCAACCAUGGAUACAAGGUGGAUCUCUGCUUUGACUGCAUGCAUGGGGACAUCUUUGGGAAUUCUUUUGUUUGGUCAACAGUGGAGGAAGAUAUAUUACCAGGGUGGACAUCCUGUGUUGUUAAAGAUAAUCCAUUCUGUGACUUUAUUACUGUUCCUUGGAUGAAACAUUUAGUUGGACGCAUUGUUCGGAUAUUCAUAGAUUAUAUGGAUUACGUUCCCCUUUGCACAAAACUGAAGUUCGUCUUGGAAUCACAAAAAGAAUGGGAAGAGAUACAGCAAAUAUUAGAGAAUCCUCGUCCCCUAAAGCAUUUGUGCCGCUUGAAAAUACGGAAAUACAUGGGAUUAGAGAGUACACAGAAGGCAUUAUCCAUGAAGAAGGUUCCACUUCCACCAGUUCUUAAAGCAUAUAUCCUAUACAAAGAGUACGAUCUUUAUGGAAGAGAGAUGAAUUUGGCAUGAUAGUCAGUAAUCUCAACACAGUCACAUGGAUGAUGAGCCCAGCUGAACGUCUGUCUUUUGUAUUGACACAAUGAAUGUGCCACAGGAACUAGAUCCAAAGAUAACUAUUACUUACUGAAGCAUAUAAAAACUUGUUCAUGGGUGUUGUAUGAGAAGGCUGAGAUAAUCUUCCACUUGCACAAACAUAAGAACAAGUAUCAUUUCUGCACUUGCUUAAGUGUUUCCAUAUCAGCAGUAGGAGAUACUUUUUUCUGUGUGAGGUUCUUUGACUCUAGCCAUUUUCCCUUUUGUCCAAUAGCAAUAUAAAUAUGAUUUUAAGGAAGUUUUAAGGUAACUACUUUUCUUAGCAGCACCAUGCAUGCAGUAUCUGUAUGUACCCAUGCAUAUAAACCAGUGGUUCUCAACCUGUGGGUCCCCAGGUGUUUUGGCCUACAACUCCCAGAAAUCCCAGCCAGUUUACCAGCUGAUAGGUUUUCUGGGAGUUGAAGGCCAAAACAUCUGGGGACCCACAGGUUGAGAACCACUGAUGUAAACACAUAUUGUCAAAAAUGAAGGAGACCACUAAGCAUUGCCUGAUGGAUUUAUGUAGAAGGGGCACAUUUAAGAUAUGCAUAUCAAAUCAUUUUAAAUAUGUGUAGACUCAUAGAUUUUUAUCUGCACAUCAGUUCUUUCAGAGGUAUUUUGCCUACAUUUGCAUGAGAAUGAAAGAAUGGAAGGUCCUAGUGACAUUUUACGGCAGAAUGUCCUGCAGUCCUCCACAUUCACACAAAAAUUGAAUAAGGGUGUUGCAUACUGUCUCAUUGGCUUCUUUUUUAAAAAUAAUCUUUAUUAGAAGUUUUUAAUUUACAAUUAAGAAAAAAAGAGAAAAAGAAACUAAAGGAAAAAGAAAAAAAGUACUAUUAAAAGAAAAGUGUAAAGUACAUGGAUCCGUGUCUCAUUGGCUUCUAUGUAAGGAGCAAGAUAAAUGGAAUCUUGGUUUGACUGCAGACUUGGAAGGAACUAUCCAAGGUUCUGAAUUUAUUUCCAAAAUAAGUUUAAGGCACUUUGGAUAGUUCCUUAAAGUCUGUUAAAACCCAGAGCCGAUUCACUUCUCUCUGGCAUGGAAGUAAUCAACUGUGGUGUGCACUGGUGUAUCUGCUCACAUGUUGCAAUAUAUAGGAGGGAUAUGUAUAUUUAUUUCCUAUUGUUCAGUUUUUAAUAAAACUAUAAGUAAAUUUA